AGCCAAUAUGGCGCAACCGUCAAUAGACGACAAGCGGAAGGCUAAAGAAGCCAGCGAUUACUUCAAUGCUGGUAAAAAUCACUUCAGGAACAAGGACAUGAGCGCGGCUGUGGAAGCCUUCACACAGGCGAUCAUGUUGAAGCCUGAGAAAGCAGAGUACUUCUACAACAGAGGGAACUGCUACAACAAGAUGGGGGAAACGCAGAAAGCACUGCUGGACUACUCGAUGGCCAUACGAAUAGACAACAAGUCAGCAGCGUAUUAUGAGCACAGAGGGAUGUGUUACAAGAAACUGGGGAAUUACGAGGAGAGUGUAAAGGAUUACACCAACGCCAUAAAGCUCGACACCAAGAACGGGAACUUCUACUACAACCGAGCCAUCUCCUACAUGUGCCUGACCCCCCCUGACUACGAGAAGGCGCUGGACGACUACAAUCACGCCGUAGAGUUCUCGCAGGCCAAGUACAGGCCGCUGUUCAACCGAGGGAACUGCCUGCGCAAGAUGGGGAAGAUAGUGGAGAGCAUCAACGACCUGAAGCAAGCUGUGGAGCUGGAGCCGGGCAAGUCAGAGUCGCACAACAACUUGGGGUUGUCGUACCUGGAGAUCGGGAAGCUGGAAGACGCGGUGGAGCAAUUCACAGCAGCGAUCCAGCUCGACCAGGUGAGCCCUUGAUGCGAUGCCGAUGCUGCCUGAUGACACACCGUUGCUCCUGCUCCAACUGACCCCUACCUGGCUCCUCUCUCCCUCACGCUCUUUCUCCCUUCCUGCUUUGCUUUCCACUCCUUCUUUUCUCUC